UGGUGACAACCAGAAAGGAUUUAUGCCUGCAAAGGCUGGGUGCUUAGAGCAUACAUCACUUUGUUAUGAGGCGAUGCGUGAUGCAAAGACGGCAAAACGCCAAAUUUGCAUUGCGUGGAUAGAUUUGAAGAAUGCAUUUGGUUCAGUGCGCCACAAUCUGAUACAGUAUGCUCUAACCCACUACAGCCUUCCUUUGCAAUUCAGGAAAUUAAUUUUUUCCUACUACGACAGUCUUUGCGCUUUCGUCGUACAACCACACACACCCACCUUUAAUUACAACAUUGGUGUUUUCCAGGGGUGCCCCUUGUCCCCGGUCCUUUUCAAUAUUUGUUUCCAGCUUCUGCUGGACUCACUUGCAGCCCCUGAAUUAAGUUGCCUCUCCUAUGAUUUUAAAUCUGCCCCUUUGCAAGUGUCCCAAACAGCUUUUGCUGAUGACUUAGGCCUCUAUAGCAAAUCUAGUGCAGGUUGUCAAAAACUCAUUGCGGUCACGGAGGACUUUCUCUCGUGGACCCAAUGUAUGCAGGCGGCGCCGCACAAAUGCAAAAGCAGUGCAGCAAAGCUUGUAGAUGGCCGGUACAAACCUUACGAUCCCUGCCUGACAAUGUCAGGGAGGAAGAUCGCUUUCAUUGACAUCACACAAGGUUUUGUACGUGAACUGCACUUUAUGUGUUUACCAUUUCUGAAGAAAUGGUCAGGCCUACCUCGAUGCGCAAACUCUGCCAUUCUUUUUAUUGGCAGUCGCAAACGCUUUGGCUUACGCCUCCACUACCUUCCUACGGUGUGGAAAAAGUGCCAGUCCAUCAAAUGGCACAUUCUUCGAUCGAGUGGGGACGCGCGCAUGAGGGCGCUGUACACUCUGCGUCGGAGUAAGGAUGCGAAGCUGACAAAGCGAUAUGCGGCGACAAUAGAGCUGGAGUGUGCAGAGGCAUCAGUAGGUUCAGGGACUCUCCGUCCACCGUCAUCUUCAAGUCAUCGUGCAGGGUUGGGUGCUCGUGCUCCGAAGCAGCAUUCCAAACCCCCGAGGAAGGAUCUCCUUCAAACAUUUGAGGAGAUCAACGCGCAGGAGCAGAUUUUGAGGCUGAAGACUCUUCAGGUGCAAGGCAAGUGGUUGGAGUGGACAUCGGUGAUGUGGCAGGACCUCUCGUGGAAAUCCCUUUUGUACGGUGGUACUGGUAAGGAUUUGAAAUUUCUUCUCGCAUCAACCCUCGACGUGCUACCUUCUCCGACGAACCUACGCCGUUGGGGAAACACCGUAGUGGAUCCGUACUGUAGUUUGUGCCGUACCUGGGCCUGUACUACGCGCCACGUGCUUGGCGCUUGUCGCGUAGCGCUGGACCAGGGACGUUACACCUGGAGGCACGACAACGUACUCGGGGUCAUCGUCAGGAACAUGCGUGAGGAGAUUCGAAUCCGCACUGCUGCAAACACCGUACAAACCGAAAAUUCAAAUGAGCUUGACUUCAUCUCGUUUUGCAAGGCGGGAGAGAAGCCAGUUCGCGUUCAGCCCAGACGAAAGUUGGUUACGACUGAUCUCCUGUCAGCGGCCUCAGACUGGAAACUUCUUGUCGACUCGGUUAGUGCAAAGAUUUCUUUCCCUAGCUGUGUUGCACUUACCACCCUAAGACCAGAUAUUGUUCUGUACUCUACGAGUCGUAGGAUUGUAUUCUGGAUGGAGUUGACAGUUUGUGCUGAGGACAGAUUCAGUGUCAGUAACUCGCGGAAGGACAGGCGGUAUGCGGAUCUGGCCGAUCAAUGCCGAGCAAACGGGUGGCAGGUCGUUUCUUUUUCGGUUGAGGUAGGUGUGCGUGGUUUCAUCCCGGACUCUCUUCGGAGGGCUCUGAAAGCGCUUGGAUUUUCUAAUCGAAGAAUAAAAUUUAUUUGUAAUUUGUGCAGUAAGACGUCUCUGCGAAGCAGCUACAUCAUCUGGUUGCGGCGUCAACAAAAACACUGGUCGGAAGAUCCACUUUUCUGAGGUACUGUAUGUGGGGCUCCGUUUAUUGAGGUGCGUUGAAAUUUAUUCUCUUUAUCUUAUUAUUUCUUUUCUAUAAUUUCCCCAUAUGAGUUCCUAUCAGUUGCUGUGAACACCUUGAGUGGAGAGCGCUUGCUCGAGCGUUGAACCGGGUUCUUAAUCCACCAUACCCAGUUCGCAAGGCUGGGCGGGGUUGUGAGCAGGCUUUCAUUUCAUCUUUUCUUAUUAUUUCUUAUUAUUUCUGCUUUUCAUCUCAUUACAAAAAUUCUGCGCUUUUUCUCCAUCUGCGCAUAAAAUCUAGACUGACAACCUGCUUGUUAAAUCAUGCACCUGCUUUCAGGCGUAAAAACCCUGUUGUAGAGGUCUCAGUCCUCAUUUGUUAGACUUACCUGUCUUUAUAAAUGUAACUUACUCUCUCUCUCUCUCUCUCUCUCUCUCUCUCUCUCUCUCUCUCUCUCUCUCUCUCUCUCUCUCUCUCUCUCUCUCUCUCUCUCUCUCUCUCUCUCUCUCUCUCUCUCUCUCUCUCUCUCUCUCUCUCUCUCUCUCUCUCUCUCUCUCUCUCUCUCUCUCUCUCUCUUGGAGACUGUGACAUGUGUAUUGCAUCUGUACUGUACUGCAGGAGGCUACCGGGUUGAGGAACAGCUACACGUAUCGCCCAAUCAUCAGGUCAACGGAUUCCUCCGUUCAUGGACAGCACGUGCACACGUACAGCUGCCAGAGGCACAACCGCAAUGCCAGCCGAAAGUGGAACUGCAACUCCCCGUGAUACAGAACUGCCAUUGUUAUAAUAAUAAUUAUUUGGUUUGACUGUGAGUCUGUCACUGCAUUGAUGUACAAAAUACCUAUACAAUACUACACUAUACUGUAUUGUACUUUGAAGCAGUCGGUCUGUAGCUGUUCAGCUGUGGGAACAUUGCAAUGGCGCUUCGAAACGUCGGGGGUCCGAACUUCCCGGGUCCCAGUUGACGUGCGAUGAAUUGUCGUGGCAGCGAAGUGACGGGUUUCGAAAUGUGUCCGCGACGAGACGGUUCUCGACGAUAUGACCUCUUCGAACUGACGCUCGUCGAAAUGUCCCGCUCCCAAGUGACGUAGAACCCCUAUGGCUGAAUGUACAGCGAGACGGCUAGCACAUGACUUUGUGUUUAUUGUUAUCAGCUAACACGUCAACGAAAAGUUCUAGCUGCUUACCUCUGCUUCCUUUGGCGAACGGAAACAUAAUUGCCAUGGC